AAAAUGGCUGAUGUGCAACCAAAUUUAUCUAAAAUGAUUUCGGCCCAGCUACGCAAUAAGGCAAAUGAGUUUUUGAACUCAAGAAAAAAUGCGAAUAAUCUCGCUGAUAUCAUACAAAUGUUUGAGGCGGAAACGGAGAACUAUACUCCUUUAUUGCUUGCAAUCGAAGUAAUAUUUACAGAGCUGUUAAAAAGGGGUGAUCUUAUACAACAAAUAGUACCCUUAAAACCUGCAGAUCACAGCCCUGAAGCAGAGUACCGCAGAUGGCUGAACGAGUGCUACGAGACUGCGUUGACGCGCGUGCUGGAGUGCAUCAAACGCGGCCGUACCAACUCGAGGCUGCAGGCCCUCGUUACCGCCUGUAAAUUGCUACAAGCGGAGGGAAAACAUCCAUUGGAACACACCAGCGGAUAUUUCUUCCCUUCGGUUAGAUUGAAGAAUAUAUUUAAUGUACUACUUGACUCGGAAAUACCCAUGACAGCUCCUAUCACUCGUUUCCAAGAAUUCACUGAAUAUCGGGACAUGCAACAGUUUGGCUUGAAAGUCCUGUGUACUAUUGCAUAUCGCAAAUCACCAACCCACAUUUACAUGCAGAACUAUUUGGAACUGCUGGACAAGCUGCUAGCCCUCGAAAUACCAACGGAAAACAAGCCUAAAGCCAAGGAUAGAGAAGACGAGAAAGAAGAUAAACUGCUUUGCGCCAGUGAAAGAAAGGGCAGCUUCCAACUGGGCGUGGCGAACUGCAAGCGCUACGCGAACAGGUGCUGGGGCUUCGCGUGCCAGUGGCCGCUGUGCGGGGAGCCUCGCACGCACCGGCGCGCGCUGCUGCUGCUCGUGGAGCGGCUCAUGCCGCUGCUGGCCCGCCCGCACCUCGCCACCGACAUGCUGUGCGACAGUCUGGACGCUGGUGGUCCAAUAAGCAUGCUAGCGCUCCAAGGUGUGCUAGAACUGGUCCGUCACCACAAUAUUGAGUACCCGGAUAUAUACGACCGUCUCUACGCUAUGUUCGAGCCGGAGAUGUUCGCUACUCGAUACAAGCGACGGCUGCUGCACCUGGCCGAUAUAUUUUUGAGUUCCACGCAUUUACCGGAGAGUCUAGUAGCCGCGUUUGCAAAGCGCAUUUCUCGCUUAGCGCUGGUCGCGAGUCUGGAGGACGCGGACGCGCUGCUGCAGCUCGUGUCCAACCUGCUGCUGCGGCACCCCGCGCUCAAGCGUAUGAUCUGCUGUGAGGACACGCCCGCUAUCAUGUCAAAUGACCCGUACGUGAUGGAGGAGACGAGCGCGUGCCGGUCGCGUGCGCUCGGCUCGUCGCUGUGGGAGCUGCGUGCGCUGCGCCGGCACUGGGCCGCGCCCGUCAGCGCCGCCGCCGGCCGCGCGCUGCUGCAGCCGAGCGUCGCGCCGCUCGCGCCCAGCGACUCGCAGCUAUUCGACGCAGAACUAAAGAAGAGGUUUAAGACUAUUGAAAUCAACUUCAUCAGACCGGAAGGCAUGAGCUUAACCAACGGGGAGCGGCUAAUGCAAUAUUGGGAAAUUGUUGCCUAAUGUGGCAACACUAAAUCAUAGAAAAUAGAACACAGAAGUGCGGCAAUACAGUACAAGUAUGUCUUGUAAUUUUCGAUCAUGGCAAUACCGAAUCGGCCAUAGUUUGUAUUCUUGUCAAACAAAUUCGUAUUAUUAUUAUUUUCUUAGACACUAAAAUAUGACUAGUUGAUAAAUAUUAUUAAUUAUUAAUAUUUAAUAAAUCAGUUUUAUGACAACGUUUUAUAUGCGUAAACUUUUUUCUACAGCGAUUUGACGAUUUAUAAUCAGGACAAAGUUACAUACAUUUUGUAUGUAUGUGUGUUUUUGGAGUAAAAUAUAAUAAUAAAAGUCAUUUAAUAAAUAUGUUGAACUAAAACGUUUUCUUCUUAUAAAUAUAAUUCGAAGUACAUUCUUUAGAACACUGCCAAAUAUCGUAUUGGAAUUAAAAAGUUAGGCAGUGAUUUUCACUUUUACAUAAAAAAAAUAUUUGUUUGAAGUGAAACUUCUUUAGGCGCGUUGAAAGUAAAAUUUCAAGGCGUCAUGGCAAUACCGU